GCAACGUUAGAGUCGCGCGCGAUCCUUAAUCGCGGUAGUACGAAUAAAAAUUGUGCCAUAUUCGGCAAUGGAUUUUAUAAUCGCGUGGCUAGUCGCAAAUGGAAAGCACGCUUUAGACGGCAACGUUGGAAGACAUCUUAAGUUGCUAAAAAUUAAAUUACAACAAGACAUGUAAUGGAUUAAUAGUGUACGAUAAUUAAAAAGAGUGUCAUUUUUUAUAAAUUACGAAAAAGUUACUUAUAUCUGAACUAAGAAAUGUCAUAAAUAUCACAAAACGGAAGCAGAAGAAAUAAAAUUGAAAGAGAGAAUGAGAAAGAGUAAUAUUUCAAACGUGAAGAUAGAGAAAUGAACAUUUUUUUGCUCAUUGGCAGUUGGAAGAUAAUGGUGUUAAAUCAUGUAUCUGCUCUGCAUGCAUACAACUUUCCCCUGAAGCAAAUAAGAAGAGAAACCUUUGUUUGAGUUAAUGAAUUAAAAACUAUUUGAAAGUGGUCUGUAGAACAGUAUAAAUCAGAGAGAUGACAACCGAAGUUACAUAGUCACAACCUUUCGAAAACUUAAAAGAAUUAUUCGAUAACGUGGGUAAUUUGAAACCAUGGCCCGAAAUUGAAUAACUAGGAGAUUCAACUGAUUAUGUGUACAGUGGUUUAGAAAUAAGCGCAGAAAGAACGCAGUUAGAAAAAUUGGAUAGAGAAGUACAUCCGAAAACGUUGCUUUGUCAUGAUAUGAAAGGUGGCUGCCUAGAAGACAGAUUUAUAUACGGAUCAGAAUCUUAUGAUUCUUACCUAUUUUAUCACUGGAGUGUUAUUGACACGUUUGCGUAUUUUAGUCAUCAUUUCAUAACUGUGCCACCUUUUGGAUGGAUUAAUGUAGCACAUAAUCAUGGUGUAAAAGUUCUUGGUACUGUAAUUACAGAAAGAGAAGGUAUCUGGGAUGUAAUACUUGAAUCUCAGGAAGAAGUAAGAAGAUUUGCAGAUGCACUAAUACUUGUUGCAAAAUUUUAUAAGUUUGAUGGCUGGUUAUUAAAUAUUGAAAAUACCAUUAAAAGCGAGCAAGUUCAUAAUUUAAUUUAUUUUGUAAAAUAUCUAACAGAAAAUAUUCAUGAAGCAAUUAGAAACUCUGAAAUUAUAUGGUACCGUAGCGUAUCCAAUGAAGGAAAAUUAAAUUGGCAAAAUAAGCUUAAUAGUAAAAACAUAGAUUUCUUUUUAAACUGCGAUGGCAUUUACUUGAAUUAUAACUGGACGAAAUCAAAAUUGGAAAACAGUUUGGCACUUGCAAAAAAUCACAGCAGAGAUAUUCAUGAUAUUUAUGUAGGACUUGAUAUUUGGGGAAGAUGUAGUCCUGGCGGUGGUGGAUUUAAUUCAACAUAUGUAAUUACAAUAUUACGUGCAGAUAAGGGGAAAUGGAGCUUUCAGUUGUCACGAUAAACCUAGCAAACAAAACGCGGCUCUUCAUGUAUUCUGUUUAUUCUAUUUACAUCGCAGGCUCUUAAGUUUCUUAUUACAACGUCUUUGCCGCGGAAUGAGACGCGCUUUUCGAAAAACUAUAUCCGUGCGAUACAAUUUUUUCAUCCGCGGUGGUGAUUAUAACGCGAGACACGUUCCCUGGAGCAGCGCGUUAAAUAAUAACAGAGACGAGAACCUGUGACACUGAUUUAACGAGUGACAGGUGGAUCUGGUCCUCCAGUUCAGUCACACUGAUUUAGAUGGCAUUUGAUUUAUUCAGACGCAGUCGUUCUUGGAUUUGGUACUCGAAGAAAAGCUGGAUAUUUUCCUGCAUCGAACUGUCAGAAUUUGAUAUCUUUGUCCACGGGGAUAAGACCACUGAGACAACAAUAACAAAAUAGAGAUCGUCCUCCAGACCAUAAAUAAUAAUAAUCUUUAAAAUUGCUACAAGACAAACACCGAAUCUUCCGCACCUUAAAUCGGCUGAAAAAGCGCUUCGGCACUCUAUGUUACUCUAUCCCAUCGGUCAUCGAACACGGCAAAGGAUAUAGAGCCAUAAAAAUGCUUAUCAGUAAGGCCUCUGAUAGAUCCCGAGUUCUCUGCACUCAGAGAAUUAAAGAUUCCAAAACCACGUUUCCGCAAGUAAGACGAAUGCUAUACCUCUUGACCGGCGCCCUCAAAUUUUCUUCGGACGAUUCUCACCGUCUUCCAUAGUUGAAUAACCUCCUCGUGUGACAGAACAGAAGAUACAUUGUUACUGGUACCAAUUUGACAAAUAAGUCCACUUCGUGACGUCUCCGGUACCGCCGGCUUCCCAGAACUUACUAGUAACGCGAUGACAUGCCAAGAAUAAACGUCUACGCAACACGUGCUUCUGUUAUUCACGAUCUUGUGUCGUUUCUUCCUUUCAAGUUAUAAACUGUUCUUUGUACAGGUCUUUAAUUAAUAUUUAAUUUAUUAAUGCUAUUUCAUCACUUCAAACUUGUUAAACUUUUAUCACUCGUUCCAACAGCACUUGUUAUUUGUAUGUAGCGAAGCAUUCUUUAUCCGGUCUCCUUUCUACCGCGCGAAAAGUUUCGUGAAUCCCACAAGACUAUUGAGGACAAAUUUUGGAAGUGUGCGCCGAAAUGUGUAUGAUGAUCUUCUCAGAUUCCCAAAUUUCAUAAUCUUGAAAAUGCAGAUUUUCGUUGAGCCGCUGGAACAGGGUCUGUACCUUCACCUGAGGAAACAGGGCUAGUAACCGCUCCGGCUCCGAUGUCUCAGAGAAUUAUUUCACAUCGGUAGAUUCGUUAAUUUAAGUUGCUGAAUGAGAUAGGUUAUCAGGCUUCGAUAUCUUCAACGCAGUACCAAUAUAGCUAUAGCUCCCGCAAAGAUGCACAUUCUUCUUCUCCUUGAUGCUCAAUGAUCUCUUGUACCAGCAUACUUUUCUAAGAUAUGGAAGAUGGGGAAAGUAGUUCCCUUGCUGGGGAAGGAUAAGAACAAACCAAAUCCAGUCAGGUACAGAUC